GGUGAUUGCAUGUGGCGCAUGUGGCUGGUGGACGUGCACAUCAAUUCGCUGUUCAGGGUCAGCGCAAUCUGCUCUCAUUUUGGUCUACCAUUCUCUUCAAAGGAUCGGCAUGAAAUCGCCAUCUAUCACAGAUGAAACUAGUGCUGAAGAUCUGUUCACUCAGAUGAGUGUGUAUGAGCUCAGGGGCCUGGAGAGAAAGACCAGAGCCGAAAUCGAGGAAAAGAAACAGGAGCUACGCUCCAUGGUCGGUGAGCAGUAUCGCGACUUGAUAUCCGCUGCCGACGCCAUCGUUUCUAUGAAAAAAGCCGCCCAUGCCGUCCAGUCGAAGUUUGAUUUAAUGCAGGUUGCAUGCGAUGUAGAUACCAUUCACCAGAAAACGACCAAAAUCAAACCUGGAAACGACAGUGGCGAGGACAAUGAAAAAAAGAGGUACCUUUACGUGUCAGCAGCUCAGAUGAAGCUUUUGGUUGAUGUACCGGAGCAGAUCUGGCAUGCAUUGGAAAACGACCUUUAUUUGGAGGCAAGCAGACUUUUCUUAUUAGCCAAAAUGGUAUACAAAAACCUUCAGAUUGAAGAAGAUGUUCCAUUUGUCGUGAUAAACACCUUCCCUGUAGUUCAAAAGCAAUGGGAUGCCAUUAGCCAAUUUAAACUUCACAUCAUUCAAAGAGCUGAAAAUCACCUAAAGAAUACUAGCUGUGGCGCCCAGGUUGUAACAGAAUCAUUGUUGUCACUGAUGAUGCUGGACGACGCGACUUUGAAAGAUAGUUUUCAAAAGCUUUUGAGUAUGCGUAUGGCGGCAUUGACCGCUACUGUAGAAGUUCCUAAAUCAAAAACCACCAAUACAUCUCAGCCAAAAGCGCAUAUCAUGCAACAGCUACACGGUGCAGUUCAGCUCAUAAAGCAAGUCAUCACCCAAGUUUGGAGCAUCUUCAUCUUAAAAACUUCAUCUUUGGACCAGCCCUCUCAUACAAUGCCCAAAGAUACAGAGCUCUCUGAUAAUUUCAUAUCAUCGUACGUCAGACAAUUACAACGAACUUUUUCCAUCCAACCCAUCGAAAAUGCAGAUCAAUUAUAUCUCCAAAGCUUGGGAAUUGGAUCCCCAGCCAGCUGUACACAACCUGCCAUUUCGCGUAUCUAUUCUCCAAACACGAAUGUGCAUCUAUUGGUACGAUAUCUACCUGAAUCCAUACAAAAAUAUACACCCUAUAUCAACCUUUUUGGCGAAGACAGAGAUGCGAUGCGACUAGAGUCUGUUCAGCAAGAUGUUAGUCAUUGGUUGAAAAUGUCAACCGACCUAUUGACGGAGAAAAUCGCACAAUUAUUGACCGAAUGCGCCGAUAUCAAGACAUUGCUGGAUGUACGACAGUCAGUUUGGGAGGCUCUGAUAGAUGAUGAAGUCGCCACUAAUAGCCAAGCGACAGUUGCAAAUGAUAGUCAUGUGUGGGUUUCUGCUUGUCGAGCACUGUUUGGAAAGCCUCUCUCUAUAUGGCACACUAUUUUGAAAGCACCAUUCAAUCAGCGGUUGGAGGCCCUCAUUGACGAACGUACGAAAUUAAUCAAAAGCCAAGCUGAUGUCCUCUCGGAUUAUCUUGCAGAGAACCUUAAGGAGUAUGCGAACGAGUCGGAUCUAGGCUCAUAUAUUUGGUCAUCGCAACCAAAAGCCAAAGAGCAUGGAAGACGAGGAGAACAGCAGAGUGCUUAUGGAUUCGUACUUCCACCUAUCACCUCUACCAUUGACAUUGCCAAGCUGAAACAAAAUGUCAAGAACUGUGCUUCAUGUUACCCGCCAACUUGCCGAAAAAUGCAAGAGAGCUUUGAUAAAGCCAUCAGGAAUACCUUGAGUGAUUAUCAAAGUAUCGGUGCGGCGCUAGAUACCUUUACAGAAAAGACAGACAUGCCAUCCUCCACCAUAACGUCCUUGUUCUCAUGUUCAAAGGAUACUCAAUACUAUCUGAAAUACCAUCAUGGUAAAUGCAUUACGGCUGUCACUGAAUACGUUGAGCGAACGUUAGAGAUGCUUUCAUCUUUCAGUAAAGAGGCAAUAGAGAGCGAUCAGGAUGGCGCAAGGAGUCAAGUCAUAUUCCUUGGUCGAUUAGCUCGUUGCAUCGGACUUUCCUCGGAGGACCUACUUAUUGCAUUCACUCAUAAGACACCCCACAAUGGGUUGCAAUAUACUUUAGGACUGGAUAGUUAUGCAGAUAGAGUGCAAGCCUACUUGGAUACUCAGAACAAGUUUAUUUCUAUAUACCACGCCGCUAAUGAAUUGUGGUCCGAAUAUUGCGCGGCCGAAUUUGGCCGGAAAUUGAUACACAUGUUGGAGGUUGAGCAGUGGAAUGAGCUGAACACCACUGCCGUAUUAUGGCAAACAAUGCAAAAUGCUGGUGAUGCUGAGGGUAUGCGGCUACCAGCAUAUGCGACCAAUGCACUCAUAGAAGCACUUUUGGCCGUUUGUAAAGAGAUCCACUCUGCUCACAGUGGCACGCUUGAUGAGACGAGCGUUAAUAUGCUGUGCUCUAAAUUAUUGGAAACUACGAAGGUCAACUACGAGACUAUGUUGGCUGAGUUUCUGGCUGACGAGAACAAAUUGACGGAAAAAGGUGCUUUGCAAUUGUUAUUCGAUCUACAAUUCCUCUCCAAGCUGCUUCAGAGCAGCACUGGAUCCGACCCUCUAAAGACGGUGCUCAACCAAGUGAAGUCAAAGAUUGAUCCUAUCAAUAUGAGGGUCUUCCAACCGUUCAUCACCACCAAUAUCGAACGUAAUUAUAGCAAAUGCGCAGUUAUGCUUGGUUUAUUAUUUCCUUCAUCAAGACGACCAGCAUCCAUUACUCGAAAGCAUGCUAGUAGCACAUCUGAGCUUCCCAAUAUAUUACCAGCAGCAGAGCAAGUUCCACGCUUUGCAUUGUUACCCAUUGGACAUCAAACCUCUUCCAUUCUACAUCGUUACUAGACUUCAUGAAGAAAAGAAUAUCAAGUGUACUUUACUCGCCCCCUGUACAAAACGAAGA